GGUCAAUUGUGUUGCAAGAACUGUACCACUUACUUCUCCGUUGUUUAGCAAAAGCAAACUACAAUGGCUUAUGCUAAUAAAACAGAUUUACCACCAAACCUCCCAGGUCUCAAAAAUAUGGAUGCACUGCUUCGAUGUCCAAUUUGUUUCGAGUUCCUCAACAUUGCUAUGAUGACCAAAUGCUCCCACAACUUUUGCUCUUUGUGUAUAAGGAAAUUUCUCUCCUACAAGUUGCAAUGCCCGGUGUGUAAUUCACCAACAACAGAACAAGACCUAAGGAACAACAGGAUACUAGAGGACCUGGUCACAAACUUCCACAAAGCAAGGCAGGAGUUGUCAGACUGUAACUUCGACUCGGUGAGACCACGUGACCUGGCCCCCAAGGCUCCAGCCCCAGCGUUCAGCUGCAAGAGCCCAAGACAGCCAGGCCCCAGAGAUAAGGUUCCCAGGAAGGGUGAAUCCAUCAUGCGUCACUUUCUGCAGAAGAAGCCCUCUGCCUCCACCACCACAACCUCUCCCCUUACAGAGACUCAGCAACGCCAUCCAGAAGGACGGGGCACGAGACCAUCAGCCUCUGGACACAAACACAUCCAGAAAGACUCAGACGACAGCAGUCAGCUCCUGUCUGUAAAGGAGGAAAGCAUUCAGGAGGAGAUACCUGUUCCGAUGCUGGUGUCCGUCAAAGAGGAGAGGACUGAUGUCUCUGUGUCAGAGGAGACCACUGUCGACUCCCCCUCAACAUCACAGGUCGUCAAAGUGGAGUGUCCUGUGUGUUCCGUGGGAAUCUCCCAACAUUUCAUCAACAAGCACCUGGACACCUGUCUGACCCGAGGCCUGAAGAAGGAGAGCUUGAGAAGUUCAGUAGGGGGUGACGGUGACAGGAGACGCCCCAUGGCCAAGCUGGUGUACACCCUGCUGUCCACGCAGGAGCUGAAGAGGAGGCUGAAGGACUGUCACCUGUCUGCCACUGGUCCUCGACCCCACCUGGAGCAGAGACUCCAGGAGUUUGUCCACAUCUACAACUCCCAGUGCGACUCCCUCCAACCCAAAUCAGCUGAAGACAUCGCCAAAGAAGUGGAGGCCGCUGAGAAGAUUAGGAACCAGCUACAGCGCCAAACCAAACGCGCCAUGGUGUUCAGCAAGAACCCAUCGGAAGAAGAGAUCGACAAGCUGCAUUCAAAUUACAGACAGCAGCACAGCAGUGAGUUUGGCGACCUGAUUGCCGAGGUCCGGGCACGCAUGGACACCAGCGGCAGACGGCAGCAGAUCAAACAGGAAGUGGAAGACGGGGAGAGAGGAGAGCCGGCGACCGAGGGGAGACGUGCCAGGAGCCCGGCAGGUGAAGUGGGAGUGCCGGAUGACGACGCCGGCGUGUCUGAGCGCGCUCAGGAGACCCCGUCCAAGCUGGACCCAGCGGGGGUCACGGCAGGGGUCACGGGGGUCACGGCGGGGUCGGCCAGCCCGGCCAGCCCAUCUUACAGUGACGUGUCCAUCAGCAGCUCCGUGUCAGAUAUCUUUGCUCCUGAGGCAGAGUGGUGCUUUAAAACCGCCGAGCAGGUUGGAAAGAGGCCCUGCUGUUCCAGUGGAGACGAUGUUCUGGAGCAGGUUGGAAAGAGGCCCUGCUGUUCCAGUGGAGACUAUGUUCUGGAGCAGGUUGGAAAGAGGCCCUGCUGUUCCAGUGGAGACGAUGUUCUGGAGCAGGUUGGAAAGAGGCCCUGCUGUUCCAGUGGAGACGAUGUUCUGGAGCAGGUUGGAAAGAGGCCCUGCUGUUCCAGUGGAGACGAUGUUCUGGAGUCGCUGAUUCCAGGAAAACGACCACGAAGAAGCUAGUGAAGAGGAGGAGGGGGGGAGCUUGUAGUGAUUUAUAUUGUAGAUAGAAGUUAUUUAGUAUACUUUUGUAUAUUUUUUUGUGUUUUUCAUUUUAAUGUUUCCAUAUGUUUUGUUGUUUGUUUGUUCACGACUCAGUAAAGGUUUUGAAGUCAA